CAUUGCACAGGGACUACACCAGAAGUCCCACACAAAAUUGAAAAUAUUUGGCUAUUUAUUUCAACUUGAAUUAAUUUUAUAAUUUUAUGGUUUCGCGUAGUACGCAAAAAGUUUUACAUAGAUUCGUAGGAUAUAUGCUUUCAUCAAGAGGAUAAUGGAAGGACAAUGGGCGAAACCCCGAUAUGUGUCAAAAUGGGCUCUACGCAAAGAAGCACUUGCUCGUGCUCUGGUACAGGAAUACAAGUGCGGUAUCUGUUUAAACGAGUUUAAGACCAAGCAAAUGCUAUCAAUCCACAUAACUAACCAUCACGGCCCAAAACGCGCACAGUCUUACAAAUGGGUUAAUCCGGCACUAACAGGACCGGCUCCACCAAAACCGCAAAAAUGCGAAACUUGCAGCAGAGUGUAUAUGACCGAAGAUCAGCUGCGCCAACACAUAAACACUCAUUUUCAGAAAUCGUCCUACGAUUGCUAUAUUUGUGACAAACGCUUCCCCGCGGAUGUGCCGUUGAUAGGUCAUUUGUAUUACGAGUGCGACACAGAGAAAAAAGUUGUUCCCCUUAACAAUCCCAAACGGCCCGAAGCCGACCUGAUGUUAUAUACAAUUAAGCGUGUUAGGUGUAUGGUUUGCCAAAUACCAUUUGCCAACCUUGAAAAACUUAAAAAACAUAUGGCAAAGAAGCGUCACAUGGAGGUAUGUAGAGCUUCAGGGAAGUUGGCUUGUGACAUGUGUCAAGUCAUUUUCCCAACUACUGAUCGGUACGCUGAACAUACGUGCGCGUUUGUAUGCUAGGAAAAAA